GAAAAAAGCAGCAAAUUUAAAACAAUGUAGGCGCGAAGAGAUAUCGUUCUAUAUAAAAUUUGAAAUUCGCACCAUUUUUUCCUGACAAAGUUGUUUGACAGACUAUAAUCAUAGCCGUAACAGAGCUAUAACCACGAAAAUCGAAGUUCGUCAACUGCGGGAAUUUUCUCUGUAACCCUAAUUACGUCUUAGUAAACAAAAAAGAUCCCGCAAUUUACGAAUUUCGGUUUUCGCGGUAGGCCCCCAGACUACCGCACCGGACCUUGGCCCUGGGUGCGAUCAAAAUUUCUAUUUGUUUUUGGAACGAUCCCCCUGAAAGGCGCGAAAACGAGGUGUCAACUGUCAAAAAUCAACAAUCUUCGCCUAGUUCGCUUCAGAAUAAAGUGUAAAUUCAGCAUUGUUAUGAAAUAAAUAAUCUGCUUAGAAUACUAUAUGCACUCUGUUCGUUAGGAAAUAGUGUGUUUCAGCAAUUAUGAGUGAUUUUAGUAACCCAUUUUAUUCAUAUAUAAAUUAGUUGCAUGAUUACUACAGUGUUUACUAUUACAAUGGCUGAACUAAAUGACGAAACGAUUGCCUCUGUGCUUCAAGACAAGGAAAAUUUUGAUAGUUUAUUAGAUAAAUCUUCAUCAUCUUCAAGUUCCUUUGAUACUUUAUUAGAGAAAUCUCCUCGGAAGUCUGGUAAUCGGAAGAAUAACCCCACUUUGGACGAUGGUUCGAGUAGUGACGAUGGGGCUGUGAAAAGCGUCAGAAAACGAGUCAAGCGCUUUUCCGACAGCGACAGUGACAGUGAAGUGGAGGCAGAUAAAGAAAAUAUACAAUCAAAUUUGACACCAACUAAGAAAGCAACUAAACCACAUAUUCCUUUAGAAGGUGAAGAUGAUAUGUUUCCGCGAAAAUCGAGAUUGGUUGCUAAAGACUCUAGUGAUGAAGAUAUCACGUCCUCUAAGAAUGAAGGUAUAAAUGUCAAAAGUAAGAAGGGAGAUAAAGAAAAUACAAAAAAUAGGUCUACAUCACCAAAGAAAGUUAGUAAAUCCAAUGGUUCAUCAGACAGUGAAAAUGAUAUAUUUCCGCGCAAACCUAGAUUAGUUUCUAGUGACUCCAGUGAUGACAAUCUCACUAUUAAGAAUGAGAGCACCGGAAAAAGUAAAAAAUCACCCAGGAAGGUUAGUAAAUCAAACAACUUGUCAGAUAGGGAAGAUGAUAUAUUGCCAAGGAAGUCCAGAUUGGUCCCUAAUGCUGACUCUAGUGAUGAUAACUCUAGGAGUUCCAGGAAAAGUAACAAUAUCAGUAAAAUGAAAUCACCUGGAAAAACUUGUGAACCUAAUAUCUCAUCAGGUAGUGAGGAUGAUAAAAUUCCACGGAAGUCUAGACUGAUUACAAAUGAGGACUCUAGUGAUGAUAACAUCUCAUCAAAGAAUGAGAGUGCCAGGAUCAGUGACAAAAGAAGUAAACUGCACAAUAAGUUUAAAGGGUUGCUCAAUUCUCGGUCCAAAGGGCCAGAGUCUCAGCAUAAAAGCCCUUCUAAAUCAGAGGAGAAUGAUGGCAGUAAUUCCGAUGACUCGGGUUCUGGGAUAGAAUCCAUCAAGCAGAAAAUCAAGCAGAAGUCUAUGCUCUUAAAGUCCGGAAUUUGUGAUCCUGACACCUCAUCGGAUGAAGAGAGCAGACAAGUCCAGAAACAAAGGAAAAAAAAGCCAAGCCAAAAGUCUACUAUCAUGAUAUCCCCACAAGAAAAGCCAAAACCAGCCAGGAUGUCAGCCAAGCAAGCAAUGGAGAACAUGCAAAAGAUAAAGAGUGAAUCAAACCGGAUGCUAAGAGAAAAAGAAGUGUCUCUCCCGUACCACAGACCUAAAGCAUUAUCGCUGAAAGACAUAAUGAAUAGGAGGAGGCCUGCUUUGUCAGCUGAUGGUAAAGCAUUGCCUGUGAAGAUGAACAGUGAGCAGUUGAAGCAAUAUGUUAAAUUAUUGGAACAACGAAAUAAAGAAAUGAUGGAACUAUGUAAGAGUGAAUCUGAAGAAGAGGAAGAAACUAAUGAAACUCCAACAGAAGAUAAUAAAGAAUCGGAUCCUCAAGUAAGUGCUCAUGAUGGUAAAGUAGUAACUGAUGAAAAUAUUGUACCCCACAAGGAUGACAAGCCAGAAGAAAAUGUUGGAGAAAAUUCUGUGAAUGAAACUGUAGAAACUGAAGAAAAUGACCUGCCAGAAUUGACAGUAGAAAUUGUCCAAAAUGGACCAGAUUUCUCAAAUGCUAAUAUUGUUAAUAAAGAUUUGUCCAAUACUGAUGUUGCUGAUAAAGAUAUGCCAAAUACUGAUGCUGGUAGUAAAAACAUGUCCAAUAAUGAUAUACCUGAACAAAAUGAUGAUGUUGAAAUGAAGGAUGCUUCCGAAGAAAACAUUGCAGAGUCUGAAGCUAAUGCCAAACUGGCAACUGCAAUAGAAAGUCAGUUGAUGGAAUUACGGUACGAAACAGAAAAAAUGCAGAAUACGGAAGAUACGGCACAAGAUUUGGAAAAAAAAUCAGCAAAUGGAGCUGAAAAUGCAAAUACUUCGAGUGAUAGUAAUAAGGAAAAUGACGUAGAAAUAGAGACAAAUGCAGCCGCCAACGAAAAUGUUAAAGACAAUUCACAUGCUGGCGACUUUGAUGACGAUUUCGAUGACGUUGAUAUCAAUAUGGAAGACUUGGAAAGGAUUAUUGAUACUGCAAAAGAUAAUGCUACUGCAGUAGAUUCUCCAAUGCUGAUUAGAGAUCCUUAUAAUUUAAAUAAGAAACCAAAACUCACAGGAGCUCCAGGGAUGGUGAUUGAUUUAGAUGGCAGCAAUCCCGUAGUGCCAAGAAAACUAACUGGUGUAGAACUAUUAAAAGAGAGAUUUACAUACUUUUCAAAAUUAAAAACACCUGAAGAAAAGGAAAGAGAAAGGGAAUUAACGAUUAAACCAGGAAUGCAACAUUUAAAACUAAAGCAAGAAUUAGAAGAAAAAAUAUCUGAACAGAGAUCUCUCGAAUGGGCAAAGAGGUUGGAAGAGGAAAAACAACAGCAUGAAGAAAUUAAUGCUCUCAGGGGAGAUGACUCCGAUGGUGAUGAUUUGGAGAAGAUUGAGGCGAAAUUGGAAGAAAAAGAAGAUCCAGUAAAAGAGUCUUCAUCGGAUUCUGAAGAAGAAGAGGAGUUGGAAGAAGAUGAUUGUGAUAUGAAAGAUAAACCAAGAAAAAAUAAUGCUAUGAUUGAUGAUGAAGCUGAAGUUUCCGACGAUGAGAACGUAGACGGACCUGAUGAACAAGCUAAGGAAGGUGAAGGUAAUGUUGAUGAUACAGAGGGUCCAGAUAAUGAAGACGAGGAUGAAGAAAGUGAAGAAUCUAGUGACGAAUCUUCAGAUGAAGAAGAAAAUCAAUCAAAGCCAAAAACAGGAAGAAUUUUGAAAGCGUUUGAAGAUUCUGAUGAUGAAAGCGCUAUCAAUAACGAAAAUCCCGUUAGUGCUGUUGCUAGCAGUGAAGUCAAUCAUGUUCCUAUAGAUAGUCAAAUUGUUAAAGAUUCCCAAGAUGAUAUAAUACCACUAGCCCAAACAAACCAGUCCCUCUCUGAAGACUUAUUUGGUAGCCAGACAAGUUGUAAUCCAAGUAGUAAAAGCGAAGAUAUAAAGCAACAUUCUGAUGAAGACUGUGCUGACAUGACCACUCAAACCUUCUCUAUUUUGAACACUAAUACACAAGACCUAACUACUACUGACAACGUUUUACGUGGUCCCACCAACAUUGAUGUUAUUUGUGAAACACAACCUGUAGAUGAGCCAAGUUUAGAUGACGUCGUCGGCAUGUGUUCUGGAAAAUUCACUCAGACGCAAAAUGUAAUUCCCGCCGAAUCCCAACUUACUGAAUCGCAAUGCACUAUCGGCGAAGACAUCCUUGAACUGUGCACUGGCAAAUUCUAUGACAACCAAUUUGUAUCCCAAGCAGAUGAACCAAAAAAAGAUGCAAAAACGAAUAUUGAGAAAGGACCUAUUAAAAAACAAGAAGAAAUAGAUCUGCUUGAUUCGAUUCUUCAAGAAAUGGAUGUGCCAGUAGAAGAUUCAAAUAGAAAGAAAAUAAUAUUUGAUAACGCCACUGAAAAUGAAGCCGUGUCUUUUGACGCCGUAAAUCAUAUGAGAAAGAAGUUCACCAUUGACAGUGAUGAUGAAAGUAAUGCAGAUGCAGAGAAACCAGCUAAAAAAAAGAAAUUGAAGAAAAGGAAACUUGAGAAGCGGGCUCUUCAAAUAUCAGAUGAUGAAGAUGAAGAGGAACUCCUGCAAUCUGAUGAAGGUGAAGAUGACAUGUCAGAAUUUGAUGAAGAUAAUGGCGUGGAGAGAAUAGUUGAAUACGAUUCCGAAGAGAAUGAGGCAAAAGUGAAGCCUCUAAAACAAAAGAAGAGUCGCAAGAUGGCGGAAUUCUUCGAGAACGAGGCAGAGCUGACAUCUGAAGAUGAAUGGGUGGGGUCAGGGGACGAGGAUGAGAGAGGCCUGGACAGGAUGGAGCGUGAGGAGGGCGACGACGACACGUUCCACCAGGGCCAGCUGCAGCGUGAGCUGGGGCAGAUACACAUGCGUGAUGUUCUGGACCAAGACAAACGCGAAGUGCGACUGAUUCAAGAGCUGCUGUUCGAAGACGGUGAUCUGGGUGAUGGUGGACGGCAGCGGAAAUUCCGGUGGAAGAAUCUAGACGGCGAUGAUGAGCCUGGUAGCGUGCCCGAGUUGUUUGCUGAAAGUCAGGAGCAGGAAUUCGAGUCAGAAGAGCAGUGGAGAAAGCAGAGGCAUGAGCGAGAAGUCUUCCUUAGGAACUUGAAAGAGAAAGAAACAGAAGAGCACAACAUCAGCGUAGACCGAAGCACCAUAAUCAAGGCGAACCUCUGCUCCCGCACCAUGUCCAGUUUGCUGAUGGAGGCCCACGGGACCAGUGCGAAGGUCGAAGAGACUGUGGUGGUGGAGAAGAAGGUUGUCAGGGAAGAACCGGCUCGAACCUUGCCGUUGCCCGUGUUUCAGCAAAACUACCACGGUUCCCUACUAACGCGAGGCCGCGGCGCGCUAGCGAGGCUGGCGGCGCUGGCCAUGCCGCUGGCCGGCGAGGCCGACGACCAACCCAAGCCGACCGGCCCCAGUAGCAAGCGGAACUUCGUGUUCGCUGCCGUCACUCCACCUGCUAAGGAGGCUAAGGCGCCGAAACGUAAAGCUGACAACGUGAACAUUGGAACACCGAGGCUGAUCAAGAAAUUCAAGACUGACGAAAAGAAAUUUCCUAAAGACAAGCUGUUCCCGUACGCCGAGGAGCAUGUCCAGAAGUUCCUCGAGACGGAAUGGGAGAAGGAAGACGUGAAGGAGGCAGUGGGCGCUCUGCGAAAGCUGGCUCUUGAAGAUCAGGAGAACAAAGUCGAUGGAGCAGUUGCUAUUCCCGGAGAGGAUGCAUCAAAGGAGGAGCAGAUUGGCGGCCUCGUCGGCAGCGUGAAAUGGCAGAUGUCGGCAGACCGCAAGGCCGGCCCGCUCAAACAGCUGCAGGGGCUCAUCUGGAAGCAGGGCUACGACAACGGGGACAUCAAGGGACACGUGUACGACGACGUAGCAGCCGCCCUCGAGCAAUGGCGCUCCACCGACGGCCAAAAAGUCUACAUCUACUCCUCCGGCUCCGUACAGGCGCAGAAACUCCUCUUCGGCCAGUCCCUCGCUGGGGAUCUGCUGCCGCGCAUUGAUGGCCACUUCGACACGGCUGUGGGACAUAAGCAGGAGGCAGCUAGUUAUACUGCUAUUGCUGAGAAGAUCGGAGCCAAGCCAGAGGAGAUCUUGUUCCUUACUGACAUUAUUGAAGAGGCCUCGGCCGCGCGCGGCGCCGGGCUGCGGGCCGCGCUGGUGGCCCGCGCCGGCAACGCGGCGCUGCCGGCCGCGCACGGCUUCCCCGUGCUGCACUCGCUGGCGCAGCUCUCCAGCAACAAGCGCAAGCCCCCGCAGGAGGAGGAAGAAAAGAUGCCCGCCAAAGUACCCAAGACUGACGCUGAGAAAGACGUAAAGGAGACCGCCGAGGCGGCCACCGCGGCCGUCGCACCCGACGCACCGGACGCCGGAGAGAAGAUGGACGUCGAGGCUCCCGCAGCCGACGCACCCGCCACUGACGAGCCCGUCAAGGUGGUCACCGCCAUCGAGGAGAUCACCGACUCCAGCGAGCCCGUCGACGCCCCCAUGCUCGACGUCGAACCCGUGGUGGAGGAGGAGAGCAAGACUGAAGAGAAACAGACUGAUGAGGCCGCCAAACCUGAAAAUGGCGAAACCGAUGCGAAACCAAAGGAAGACGUGGAGAUGGACAACGGGGAGGCCGCUCCCGUCGCCGAGGAGACCCCUCCCGCCUCCACGGUUAUCGAGGAGGUCCCCCUCGACAAGGAGGUGCUCGCCGACGCGGCCGACGACCUCGUGCCCGUCGUGGAGGAGCCGCCCGCCGCCGAGGACAUGGAGGUGCUCCAGAACGUCGGCGAGGUGCUCGACAAGGAGUGCGACGAGAUACUCUCCAAGGUGCAGGACGUCACGAACUUAGAUAGCAUCCCCGUUAAACCCCUCCUGAACCCCAUCGCCGAGGAAACUAUGGAGACUGAAAAUACAGAUACGAAUGAUAUUGUCGAUAGAAUACUAGAUACCGAGUUGGAGCUAGAGAUGAAACAAAACGAGAUUUUGAAUACGGCGGCCGGCGAGGAUAGUGAGACUAAAGCAGAAAAUGGUGUCAAGGAUGAGGCAGAUGUCAAACAGGCUAAUGGAGUCGUGGAUAAAACUGCGGACAAAAUUGUAGAAUCGGACAAGAAAGAGGAGAGUAGUUCGGUGGAAGUCGCGACAGAAGUAAAACCAGACGUGAGAUGCGCAGAAACACAGGUAGAACAUAAAGAGAUCGUGGAAUCCGGAUCUGCGACAGGAAGCAAAGAGGCAGAGGAGAUUGUAAAGGUGACCGAAACGGAGGAAUCGCCAGAGAAAACUGUCGAAGAGAGCAAAGUUGAAGAAAACAAAACAGAGCCUGAAACUAUCGAAGAGAGUAAGCCCGUCGAGGAAAAACCGGUCGAAAGCUCAGCCGCUGAAGCCCAGCCCGCCGACAGUACGCCAGCCGAACAAAAGGAAAACGAAACGAGCAAACCGGACGAAACGAGCCAACCGGAUAAAACUAGCAAACCGGACGAAACUAGCAAACCGGAAGAACCGAGCAAACCGGACGAAACUAGUGAACCACAAAUGAACGGCAAAGCGACAAACGGAGACACGCCAAAAGUGAACGGAGACUCCGAAGACGCCAGCUCUAGACUUCCAGUCGUGAAUGGUAAAGCGACAGAGAACGGAGAAAGCGAGGCCAACGGCGACUCCAUGGACGCCGAGCAGGGGCAGCAGGGGCAGCAGGGGCAGCAGGGGCAGGGCGAGCCCGCCGAGCGCAGGCUCAAGGCCGCGCCGCCCGCCGAGCCCGCCGCCGCCGUCGAACAGCCUACGGAAGCAUAAAGCUGACACGAGGAUGGAGAGCGUAUUUGCAGAACUUCGUAAAGUGUAUGGUCCACAUCGGAAUGACAAGACUGAGGUUGCUUCCACGCUGAACGGCAUCACUUCCUAGUUUAUACGUGUAUUAAAAUUUUAUGUGUACUAAGCGACGGCGGCCUGUGCCUGUUGCCCGUGGGAACUAAUUUAACCAAACUACGCGCACACAAUCAUUUUAGGCGUUUUUUUAAAGCGACGACACGUUUUUGGUAUAUGAAAAUGUCAUUAUUGAUAUAAGAAAUACAGAAUACUCAGAUAUGCUUAGCUUACAUUUCCUUUUUGACUGAAUCUCAUUAGAAAUUAAUUUAUAUACAACGCACAUUUGUGUCCUGGUGGUGCCAAACAAACCCUUAAACCACGACGAUGUUUCAUUAAGCAUGUCCGAGUGUUUCGUUCGCUUGCACAUUCCUUCAUACGCUGUUUCUAAUUGUGAUGUGUUGAUAUCCGAGCAGAAGGCACCGACCGCCUCCGUUUCUCGUAUGUGACUAAGGUAACUAUUAAAUAAGUAUUAAUUGUAUUGUGAUUCUUAAGUCAUACAUAUUGAAUUUCCUAAAUUUCAUCCACUGCCAAACUAAUUGUAUAGUUUCAUUUGAAGUUGGAUUAUAAAAUUGUACUGUGAUAGAUAGAAAGAUAGAAUGGAGAGUGGUGCUUGUGAUUUGGAGGCUGUGUUAGUGUGGUUGGUUUUUGUUUCCUACUUAUUUUAAGCUCUAAUUUAAAUGUUUUAUUUCAACGACUUUCUGCCAUGGUGCAAACUUAUUAUUUAAAUAUAAAUUGCUCGUUCGUCGGUCUAUAAAUAAGUUUUUUUUAUGGUUUAUUUAGCUUUAAAUGGAAUUUCUUUAGCUUUAAGGCUGUCUUGUUAGAAUGCCGUGCGGAAACAAUUUUAUAAACCAACUUAAAAUGAAAAACGAUCCUUUUGGUCUAGACUGAUUUUGUAAUAAUUUAAUUAAGUUUAUAAUACCAUUUAGCCAUUCUUGAGACAGACGUGGUCUAUAGCCUACGCGAGGAGACGCGCCCGGCGAAUGUUAGUCUACCUAGGCUUUUGUGGCACUAAGAAGGCGAAAAAGGAAAAACGAAAUCAAGGUAUAACUACAACUAUCACUAUCUUUUUUAAUUUUGCGCCUUUUUGUUGACACAUAUAUCUAGCCCAGACAAUACUUCGCAGUAGUUCUAUAGAACUUGCAUUUUUCCGACCAGUUGUAUAGAUAAAGAUGGAAACUAUCCGCGCGUAGGCUCUAGAUCACGUCUGUAAGAUAAGCUCCUUACGAUUAAUAAUAAGAAAACAUACUAUAUCUAGUUCAUACAUUUUCUACGUCGAAAAUGGACAGGUUUUGAACGCAAUUGAAAUAAUUUAAUUGUCACGAUUGCAUUAUGACGUUGAAAUAUAAUGGAAGUAGAAUUUUUAAA